UCAUCAAUUUGACGAAUUGUAAGUUUGAUGGCACAUGCAAGUGGAAAAUGAUUGCAAGGAAAGAUCGCGGUGUCGCUGGUGAGAAUCCGGCUUGGGUAUUGGACACACGUACGGACAAAGUUCAGUGGACAUAUGCAGCCUCUGCGCACGGGCGUUUUGGUCCUUCGGCUCUUUUCCAUGCUCGCCAUCUUCACUUCCAGGUCUUUGCGUUGGAGACGGCUGACGGCAAAUUUUUAGGAUACGACGACAACACGGGCAGAAUCACUGUUGAUCAAGAGGUUUCGUCAGUUAAUGAUGCCUCUCGCUUUCUCAUACUCACAGUAGACUCCACUCGCUACGCUCGUUUUCCCAACCAACUAACUAUUCCUCUCGUCAAGACAAGUAUCAUUUGUGCCAUCACGAACAACGCCAGUUUCCUUGUAGCAUCACACCAGGAAGCCCGGUCUAGACGCCUGGGAGAUGCCAGAAUCUGCAGCAGCAGUAAAGAGUCCAAGAAACUUCGAAAAAUAAUUUCCGAACUCAACACAGCUGACUAUCACUUUGAGCUGUUAGAAGCACAGCUCUACGUCCGCUGGUUGAGCAGUGACGCUACAAGAAAGUGUUCCAGGAAACUUAAUUGCAACAGUGGGAACAAACGACAUCUACGGCACAUAUGGGGUCAGUCAUAUGUGUGCUGUCCGUCGACUGCAACUCCAUCUGAAAUAUAUUGCAAUGGCGGAAAAGCGUAA